ACGCCAGAGCAAGAUGGCCGAGACGGCGGCUCCAGUUGGAGCCGGUAGCUCCGGAACGAGAUCAGGAAGUAGACAGUCCACUAACCCAGCUGAUAACUACCAUCUGGCCCGAAGGCGAACCCUGCAAGUGGUUGUGAGCUCCUUACUGACAGAGACAGGGUUUGAAAGUGCCGAGAAAGCGUCUGUGGAAACGUUGACAGAGAUGCUUCAGAGCUACAUUUCGGAAAUUGGGAGGAGUGCCAAGUCUUACUGUGAGCACACAGCCAGGACACAGCCCACACUGUCGGAUAUCGUGGUCACACUUGUGGAGAUGGGCUUCAACGUGGACACUCUCCCUGCUUAUGCAAAACGGUCUCAGAGGAUGGUUAUCACUGCCCCUCCGGUGACCAAUCAGCCAGUGACACCCAAGGCCCUCACAGCAGGACAGAACCGACCCCACCCUCCACACAUCCCCAGCCAUUUUCCUGAGUUCCCGGAUCCCCACACAUACAUCAAAACUCCGACCUACCGAAAACCUGUGUCAGACUACCAGGUCCUACGGGAGAAGGCUGCAUCCCAGAGGCGCGAUGUGGAGCGGGCACUCACCCGUUUCAUGGCCAAGACAGGCGAGACCCAGAGUCUUUUCAAAGACGAUGUCAGCACGUUUCCACUGAUUGCUGCCAGACCGUUCACCAUCCCCUACCUGACAGCCCUUCUUCCGUCUGUGCUGGAGAUGCAGCAAAUGGAAGAGACGGAUUCCUCGGAGCAGGAUGAGCAGCCAGACACGGAGAACCUCCCUCUUCACAUCAGUAUGGACGAUUCAGGAGCUGAGAAGGAGAAUGCAUCUGACCUGCAGCAGAACCCCUCCUUGGCGGGAAGUCGGAAUGGGGAGGAGAACAUCAUCGAUAACCCUUAUCUGCGGCCUGUGAAGAAACCCAAGAUCCGCAGGAAGAAGUCCCUCUCGUGA